ACGCAGGGCUGUGCAGACAUGAGCAGCAGGAAAGUAGCUCUCAUCACUGGUAUCACGGGCCAGCCAUCUUCCUAGCAUGAGCACGAACGCAGCCAUCUUCCCCACUCCGAUCCGUGGUUGUGGCUUCCUCUAGUUGAGAUUGCGAUCACAGACAGACCUGUGCACACUUGCUGUGAAGUUUUUUUUUUGUGUGCUUUUUAGCACAUACAGCACUGUACAGUAUUAUUCAAUCCAGCAUGGCUCCCAAGAAAGUGCAGAGCAAGCAUGGUGGUAAAAAGAAAGUGCAGAGCAGUAAUGAAGGUGAUGAGAACAGGCAGAGCAGUAAUGAAGGUGACCAGAAUGUGCAAAGCAGUAAUGAAGGUAACAAGAACGUGCAGAGCAAGAAUGGUAAGAAGGAGGUUCUGAAGAAAAUAACCGUUGAAUUGAAGAAGGAAAUUGUAGAAAAGCAUGGGCGUGGUAUUCGUGUGACUGAUCAGGUCUCAGAGUACAAGAUGGUGAAGUCGACAAUCUCGACUAUUUUGAAGAAUAAAGAUGCCAUCAAAGGAGCUGAUGUGGUAAAAGGAGUAACAAUGUUAACCAAGCAGAGGACACAAGUGCUGGAAGAGGUGGAAAAACUUUUGUUAGUGGAGUUGAAUGAGAAACAGCUGACAGGUUAUAGCGUUAAUGAAGCUAUGAUCUGUGAAAAAGCCAGGAAAUUGUACAGUGAUUUACUGAAAAAAACAAAAACAAACCCAACCUCCCCCCCCCCAAAAAAACCCUCUACAAGUGCAGCAAGUGAUGAAUUUAAAGCCAGUAGAGGGUGAUUUGAUAAAUUCUGCAAGAGAAGUGGCAUCCACAGUGUGAUAACACAUGGUGAGGCUUCCAGUUCUGACAAGGUCACUGCAGAAGCCUACUACAAGACAGAAUUUGUGGAAUUCAUGAAGGCAGAAGGAUACGUUGCUCAACAAGUGUUCAACUGUGAUGAAAUGGCUCUUCUGGAAGAAGAUGCCGAACAGAACCUAUAUCACUCAGGAGGGAAAGUCACUGCCGGGCACAAGCCCAUGGAGGACAGAUUGACCCUUUUGCUGCAUGUGAACACAAGCGCCGAUCCGAUGAUUAAACCACUAUUGGUGUACCAUUCCCAGACCCCUCGUGCAUUCAAGGAAAAGAAUGUAAACAAGGCCAGACUGCCUGUCAUGUGGAGGGCCAAUGCAAAAGCUUGGGUCACAAGGCAGUUGUUCAUGGAAUGACUAAGGUGUUUGCACUCACCGUUAAGAAAUAUCUUUCUGACAACUGCCUGAAAGGUGCCUUCUUCUGAUGGACAAUGCCCCGGCACACCCUCCAGCCUUGGUGGAUGAUAUGGAUGGUGAGUGGACCUUUAUGAAGGACCUUUAUGACCUUCAUAAAGGUCAAGUCCCCCCCACCCCCAACACGACACCUCUUCUGCAGCCCUUGGACCAGUGAAUGAUCUGCAAUGUCAAGAAGCUGUACACAAAGGAACUCUUCACCAGGUGUUUUAAUGUCACUGAAGAGGCAUCCUUGACUCUGAAAGAGUUCUGGAAGAAACAUUUCAAGGUCCUCCACUGCAUCAACUUCAUUGACGAAGCCUGAGAAGAUGUCAUGUACUGGACCUUAAGCAGCCUGGAGGAAACUGUGGCCAGAAUGUGUCACUGAAUGUGACUUUGAAGGGUCUGAUGCACAGGUAGUGGAGGAGAUUGUGUCCAUGGACAGGAGUAUGGGUUGUUGAGGACCAUAAGGAGGAGCUGAUGAUGGAAGAACUUGCUGAAUGCCAGAGUGAGCAGCAGAAGGCACUUGUUGAGGAGCAUUCCACUGAGGAAGAGGAAGACUGGAGGGGGUUAGCAAUAAUGUGAUAAAAUCCAUUAUGGAAAAAUGGAAUGUGUGCCAGGACUUCUUUGAGAAACACCACCCCAACAUAACUGUAACGAACAGAGUGUUGAAUCUUAUGAACAAUAAUGUGGUCUCUCAUUUCUGGAGAGUUAUGCAGUGCAGGAAAAAACAAGUGACAGUAGACAGAUUUUUGCCAAAAUUGACCCUGCAGCUAAGAGACAAAGAAGAAAGGAAACCCCUGAAGGAAAUCUCCCCAAUGUGCUUAAAUACUCUAUGGAUAUGUGUUUAAGAUUAAUAUUUAACAUUCUAAUUUUACAGUAAUCACACAAUCCUGAAACAGUGAAAAAAAUCCUAGUAUGGGCUCGCAAGUGGCCAUGUUAGGCAAAAAGUAGUAAGACAUCUGUUCAAAAUGAAAUGAAAGGAAGACUGUAGGACUGUAUUGUUACUGUAGGAAAUCAAACCCUGGAUACAACUAAAACACUUUAAGAUUAAUUUUGUUAUUUCUGAAAUUCAUUUGUUACAUAUGUUUUGCCUUUAAGCAAAAUAUGGGUUGGAGAAAUUUCUUGGUUAGGUAACAAAUCUCAUUCCUGAAUGACUUUUCAAUGAAUAAUUGUUUGGAUCUAUUCUAGACAGAUAUAAUUAUCUGUCUAGAACAGAUAAGUCUAGAUAAUUCUAAUUCUAGAUAAUUCUAUUUAAUUUAUAGACAGAUAUAAUUAAAUAUUGUCUAUGAAUAUAUUUUCUGAUACAUGACAUGUAAAGUUGCUGCCUAUAGUCUGCAAAAGCUGUACUGUAAGUAAUUUAUAUGGAUUAGAAACACAUAGUUUCUGGCAAAUAAUGAAAAUCAAAGUAUUCUUGAGCAUUCUGGUACUAUAAGUCACUUUGAUUGGGAAGCUUACCUAAAACCAAGCUUCUGUUCUCUGAAUAUCUUAAAGAAUAUGUAUCAGUUUUCCCCUUAUCAGACUUUCAGAGUAUUAAUUUUUAAAAUACAAGAUUUUUAAAAAAUGUACUUCUGUUGUGAAAUUUCAACAAAAUAAAGUAUGUAUAAAAAUAAGAAAAAGAAGAAAUAAUUUUGUACAAAUCAAGUUCAGUUAAUACAUACAGUGCCUGACAGAAGUAUUAACCACACUACCCUUUGAUUUUCCAUAUGUUGUUGCUGUAUAACCUACAAUUGAAAUGUAUAUCAUUGACCAAGGCCAUUUGCUGCACAGGAGAUAACUAAUGUGAGGAUGUGUGUAAAAUAUAUUGUGGCACACAAGUUAAAUAAACAAAAAACAAAGUAGUGCUUGUUGGUUGUAUACGUAUUCAUCCCUGCCAUUGACGCUCCCCUGAGUCAGUACUUGGUAGAAGCACAUUUGGCAGCACUUACAGCUGUAAGUGUGUAUUAAUGACCAAGUAAUUACUGAUGGGGGAUCAGCUGUUCAUUAAUACUUCCCUUUUGGGUAAGGUAAGGCUUUUUCUGAAGUAGUGGUACCACUGCCAACACUGGAUUGUGUUGUGUUUUGUCUUUGUUCAGUUAUGCAUUUACCACUGCCUAGACACAUCUAGUCAACCUUUUAAUCAAUCAUGGUGGCAUACAAGUAUCAGACCACAACUGUUGGAACUGAUUCUAGGAAACUGGACAAGAAAGAGCAUUGGGUACCUUACCAGUAACUAUUGUAAUAGUAGCAUUAGUUAUUGUUUAAGUGCCUAAUAUGCACUUUUUUGUUGGAUAUUAUGAAGAUACUCAAUUUUAUCCUUGAAGUACCCUGCAAAGUUUAAAGCAGACCUUCAGAGUGUUCCACAGACAGGUCACCAAGGCAGCUGUUAAUAACUCCCAUGCCAGAGCCUUUCUUCAGAAUGGCUUGAGUAGUAGGCUUGGUAGGAUACCAGCCCUAAAGAUAAUUUCAGUUGCUAUGGAUGCAUCUAGGUUCAAGAAUGAGAAUCCUUGGCCAGUUUCUGGUAAGUACAAUGAAUUUCACCAGGCACCUUGCUCUUAAUUAUCUCUAACCAAACUAAAAUCCACUUUUAAAAUGUAGAGCAGAAACAACUGUUGCUGCCCUAGUGGAAACACAAUAAAAUUUUUGGUUCUAAAAUUUAGUUAGUGUGGAAUAAUGAUGUGCAUAUUUUGUUCCUAUAGGUUAGUAGAGAGGGAAAUACAUUGUUUCUUUGUUCCUCUGAAAGUAGCUUUGUUCUGGGACAGGCAAAAAUUAUAGCAAGGUGACUUCAGUACUACUGCUUCCUACCUCUGGAUUCUCAGUUACUGAAAGAAUCUGAAGACUGCUGUUUGUUUGCUGUACUUUGGGACUAUGGCAUAGGUUUUUUUUUAAUUCUAUUUUUUAAUUUGAUUUUUACAGUCUUUCAACAAAACCAUACAUCAGCAAAAACUGCUGAGAAUACAAAACAAAAAUAGAACCAGAAACACAUAUCAAGAGAAAAGGGGAAAAACAAAACACCCCUUUCCCAUAUAGCCACAAGGUAUGAUCCAAGAUACAUUGAACUGGUCUUGAAAGUAUUACUAAUAAUAUACAUGUAUACAUAUAUGCUCACACAUAUGCAUGUAAAUAUUCAAAGUUCCUGCUGUACAUCACUAAUAUAGGUUGAGGUAGGUUGACCAAAUGUUGCAAUGAGUGUUGAGAUGAAGUUGUUGUAGGUAGUAUACUCAUAGGAUGCCAAUGAUGACACAGUUUGUUAAAGUUCUCCAUCUAGAGGCAAAAGGUUAGAAGACAAUGGGAGCAUCUUUGAGAGGUAUACUGUGGUAUUGUCACUCAAGCAUAUUGUCAUUCAGGUCUUGCACUUCUUAAGGCCCUUUUGUUGUUUAGAAGCCCUGAACCAGAAGUUCUGUGCCCAGUAUUUCCCUGGUAGAUGGUAUACCACUAAUCCAUGUGCAAGGUUUAAUUUACAUAACCCAUUUAUGUGUCUUGAACCAUUUUGAUUUAUUUGACGGAAUUUAUUCAUUUAAAAAUCAAAUGUCAUCAAGUGUCAUUUUAGUCUUCUAGCUGUAGUGGUUAAGAGUGCUGUACUAGAACUCAAGAGAUCUUGGUUCUAGUACCUAUUCAGUCAGUCACUACUUCUCAGGGUUGUUGUUGUGCAGAUGAAAAGGAGAGGAGAACCACGUAAGCCAUCUUGGGUUUCUUGCAAGAGGAAGAAAGUGGGAUAUAAAUGCAGUGUACUAGUAGUUCACUGGAAUGCAUGGCACUUAUCCAUUCUUGUAUUCUUUUUUUUCUCUUACAUGUCAAAGAGCUUAGAUGCUUAACUUCUCUAUCUUUGAAGAAUCCUGUUGACAUUAGCCAUGAUUUAAAGGCCAUAAAUUAAUGUUUGGGUGGGAAUUGUGCAUAGCACAAAGGCCUAAAAAAGAUCUUUACUUUUUGUUUCCCAUGAAUUGUUAGCUUACUCUGUCUAUCUAGAAAUGUCUUUCUGUAGUGAUCUGAGCCUACAUUUAUCCAGUUGAUGCAUAGCUUUUGAGCUCAUGUAUUUGUUAAACAACUUUUAUUUGACUGUUCACUGUAUCAGUAUAAUCCCCAGCAUUUUCAUCAGAAGGUUGGAUGAUAGAGCCCUACCUAUCUAGGUUGCUGAUCAGGUCCACACUGGUUUGGCUUAAGCAUUCAUGGAGCAUGUGGCAUUCUCAGACCAUUUAGUAGAUUCCAUAUGAAGAAAAAAUGUAUGGUAUUUAAAAAAUGCAAUGUCUCGCCAUGUUUUUCUGAGUUUCAGUGGAACCUAGAAUUUUCAAUUUGAGAUUUUUAAUGAGAUUUUUAAUAGAAUUAAAAAUAGAAGAAAUUUAAAUAAUUCUUCUAUAAAUAGAAGAAUUUUAAAUAAUGAAUGAAUGAAUGAAUGAAUGUUUGGUUCCUAUAUUGGAGAAAAUGCUGAGGAAACUAUGCUUGGUAUGUUAUUAUCCAUACCACACCACACCACACCACACCACAUUCUUGAAUUUGCUUCUUUGCUUACCAGUAGUGUAAGGGAAAUCUUAAUUGUACUUUGUAAAUAAAGCAAGGUUAUAGUUUCAAAGUUUAAAGGCAUUUUCCUAGCCACUCAUAUUGCCAAAUACAUUGAGUUCUUUUAACUGAGGUGUUAUUUUUAUUGUUUUAAAUAUUGGUUUUGUUGUGUUAUAUUGUAAGCCACUUUAGAAUCAUUUUAAGAAAAAGUUACAAAUUUUUUAAAACAUAAGUGUUUUCUCUUGCAAGACUGUAACAUAGCUAUCAUUUUGGAAGUGGAAUGUCUUAGACAUGCAUACUUAUAUUUCUAGGAUUUGUAUUUUUUCCAUCUACAUAUUAUAUAUGGUGAAAUGUGCCAGUUUAAAGCUAUGCCAUGUUGACUCAAGUCUGCAAAGUGAGGACACUGGAAGCUAAGACUCAUGAUGUUGUGUCUUAUCACAAAUUGUGUUCACAUACGAGCAAGACACAAGCAUGGUUCAACAUUCAGAAGGGUUCCUCUAGGUGUUUCAUAAGGCAGUAUACAAUCAAUGAGUCAUGUUUGUUGGUUCUGGUUUUCCAUCCUCCCUUCUUGAUUUGGACUCGAAAGACCAUGGGUAAGUAUAGGUGCAUAGAGUGUAAGUUGCAAGGAAGUACAGUUUGCAACAUUGCCCAGCAUUAGUGAUUACAGGACAUGUCAGGUAGGGCAUCAGCUGUAACCUCAUGCAGCUUGGGCCAAGGUGAGAGAACCUUCACUCUGGCCCUAAACUGCCAGUUCUUUGUCGUGGUCUCUGUGCAUCACACAUUAUGGGUGAUGCGCCUGCACGGUGCCUGCAGCUGGGAAAAAUUCAAAGCUUUAACGGAUUUUGGCAGGAACUCCGCACCCCCCCCCCCACUAUGGUAUAAAGGGUGGAGCGCCCACCAUUUUCCCCAGUCUUCUUUCGAUCACUUUGCUUUAAGCUGUUCGUUUCUCUCUCUACUCUAUUGCAUUUUACCUUGUUUUUCUUGUUUGCUGAUUAUCAUAGUUCUUCUCUUGUUAGAAAUCCGUUCAAAGUUCAAAUCUUUACCUUCCCUGUUAGGACAGUUUUUCUCUUCCCCUUUUUCCUCUCCGCCCCCACAAAUUGUUAUAUCUUUUCAUAUCUUUACUGUCUUCUAUAGUUCUUAUUCCUCAGUUCACUAUCCAUUCUUCUUCUUGAUGGCUCAGCAUGCGGCUUUUCGAAAGUGCUUGAAGUGUGGAGCCAAAUGUCUCCUAUGGACCCACAUGAGCUAUGCCUUCUCUGUCUUGGAGAAGGGCAUUGGAUUGAAAAAUGUGGCCAUUGCCAGUUGUUCACCAAACAGGCACGCAAGAAUUGAGAAAAUCGGCUGAGGAAGAUCCUUUGGGAUCAAGCCCUCAUUGCUUCUUGCCACCCAGGCCUCUUCUACAGGCCCAUCCAUGGUGUCCUCCCCUUGUCCACCAUCUGAGGGGGCUGCUUCCAAGGAGACCACUUACUCCUCCCAUUCCUUCUUCCAAAAACAAAAGGAGAAGCGGAAGCAUACUGGGCCUGAGGAUUUGUUGGCACCAAAAAAGUCUAAGACUAAAGUCAACAAGGCCGAAUGCAAGCAGCAUAUGCUUGCCCAGGAGCCUUGCAGGGACUUGGACUCGACCACCCCAUCAGUCCCGAUGGCCACUUUGGUCCCGACUCCUUCGGGUCUGACUGCCCAAGCCAUCAUGCAGGUUACACCGCCUGGAUCCCCUCAAAGGAUCUCAUUGUCAGCUCCUUCAACUUUGGAUUGCUCUGAGGCGGCUCUUCGCGGAUCAAUGUUGGACGGCAAGAUACAGGAUUCACCUCCCCACUUUCAACUGGGCCAUCAAUCGGCUUGCUCACCCACUCUGAUGCCAUCAUCACCAGAGGUAUCGCCGAGGCCUCCAUCCGACAUGUGUUGCCACCAGCGUGCCUUGGGCCAUUUGUCUAGGAUCUGGGUUCCAAUGCCGUACGGCAGAUUUGACCCAUCUCAGUCCUAUCCUUGGGACUACCCUCCACCGUACGGCUACUACCCCUUGCCUUUGGUGUGCAGGCAUCGUCCUCAUCUGUCCCGGGCAGAAGCGCCUUCCACUUCGGCGGCUGCACUUUCCCGACCUCCUCCAUCUCCGGCUGGCUCUUCCUGCAGUCCUCUGUACCACUAUGACUUGGACUUGGAGGACUCGGAUCAGGCUUCCACCUCUCCUGAUGCCGUCAUUUCGACUCAGGGACCUGGGUUGCUGGAAGAGUUGUACCCCACAUUUGGAGACCUUAUGGUUCUCCUUGCAAGGUCACUGGAGAUAGAAGUUGAACAUCGGGUGAACACCAAUGAGGACCACUUCUACGACAUUGUUCGUAAGGAGCAAUCAUCUGCUAUCUCCAUCCCCUUGAUAAUGACUCUUUGCCAGGCUGUGACGGACACUUGGGAGUUUCUGAGCCAGCCACACCCAACGUCUCGGUGCUAUGAGUCCAUGUGUAAGGUUAGGGAGCAGGACAUUCCAUUCCUGCUCAAACAUCCGAAACUGAAUUCUUUAGUUGUCAAGUCAUUGAAGGGUUGAGAUAACAGGGAGCAUUCAAACCCAAGAGACAAGGAGGGUUGGAAAAUAGAGUUGAUGUUGUGCCGUAUCUACACUGCGAUGGGACUGGGUUUACAGAUACUGAACUACGAGGCGACGAUGGCCAGGUGCUAGUACUUUUUGAUGCAAAGGCAGGAAUCCAUCACCUCGACCAUCCCGGAAAAGCAAUGUGAUCUGGCCCGUGUUUUUAUCCGUGGGUCCAUGCAGCUAGCCAUACAGCAACUCAGUACAGCGCAGCAUCAUGUGGAUUGCGAUUUCCAGGUACUUGUCGGCUCCAUUGCCUUACGCUGGCAUGCGUGGCUACGCUCCUGCAAUUUCCCAGAUGAGAUGAAGAGGUGCAUUGAAGGCAUGCCUUUCGACGGGUCCGGCCUUUUCAAUGCCCACACAGACCACAAGCUCGAGUAUAUCUAUAAUGCUUGAGUCACCACUUGGAAGAUGAAAAUACCUAACCAGAACCGACGUAAGUGGCCACAGUCUCGUUCUUAUUGGUACCAACCCUACCAGUGAUACACCUCUCGCCAACAGAAUCAGCCUCACCAACAACAAAACUGAGGCCAACCUGCCGCCCAAUUCCAGCAGGGCCGUUGCCGUCAGUCCAACGACAAACGAUAAUGUUGAUGGGACACGGGAUCUUCUCUCUCCACCCACCUUCUCCCCUCCCUUUUGGGGACCGGCUGCAAGGCUGACUCCCCAUUUGGGAGUCCAUCACAUCUGAUAAGUGGGUAUUUUCCAUCAUCGAGCAUGGAUAUAAAAUCGAGUUUGAUACUGUACCCCCUUUGGGACCGAUCAGUUACACCUCUCCAUUGAUGGUCCUCUGAGACGAGGUUUCCCAGCUGCUUCGUAAAGGGGCGAUUCAUCAGCUCUCUGCUCAGAGGGGCUUCAUGGUUUCUACUCAAGAUAUUUUAUGGUCCCGAAAUGGGAUGGUGGUCUACUUCGGAUACUUGAUCUAUGUGGCGUUAACAAGUUCAUCAAGACUGAGAAAUUUCAACUGACCACCCUUCAGAAUAUCCUUCUGUUGCUCAGGAGAGAAGAUUGGUUCGCUUCCCUGGACAUGAAGGAUGCAUAUUUCCACAUUAGCAUCCAUCCAUCACACAGGCGGCUACUCCGAUUUACUGUUGGUUCUGACCUUUCGAGUAUAACGUCCUCCCAUUUGGACUUGCUACCGCUCCACAAGUCUUCACGAAGUGUAUGGCCCCUGUUUGUGCCCACCUCAGGUUACAAAGUGUCCAGAUUUACCCCUACCUGGACAAAUGGUUGAUUGUCUUCUCAUCCAGAGAGAGCCUGCUUUUGGCCAUCAAUACCACAUGUAGACUCUUAGAUGAACUCGGACUCUGUAUUAAUAUCGAAAAAUCCUGCCUCGUUCCCUCACAUGUCAUUGAUUUCAUUGGCGCAUGUCUUGACUCGAUUCAAGGCAGAGUGUUUCUACCACCAGCUCGAAUGGACAAGCUUCAGUCAUCGAUUCAUCGCAUCUACAAUGGCCGGCCUACUCCUGUGCUUUCCAUACAGAAGUUGCUUGGACACAUGGCUUCCACAGUUGUUGUCAUAUCCAGCACUAGACUUCGAAUGCGGUCUCUACAACUGUGGUUCAGCCGCCUCUUCCAUCCUCAACAUGACUCUCCAAAUCAUCUCCUACUCCCACCUGCUUUCAUCCUUCGCACUGUGACUUGGUGGACGACCAAACACAAUCUUUCCGUAGGAGUCCCCUUUCGCCAGCCACAACUGAUGGUGACCGUCUACACCGAUGCCUCCCUUUUGGGAUGUGGAGCGCAUUGUGCUAAUCUCCAUACCCAAGGCACUUGGCAGGGUCACAAAAAGUCCAGGCACAUCAAUUACCUAGAGCUUCUAGUGGUUUUCAAGGCUCUCCAGUCUUUCGAAUCGACCCUUCAGGAACAAGUGGUUCAAAUAGCCUCAGGCAAUGUUGUGACUGUUUUUUACAUCAACAAACAGGGCAGCACGAAAUUGGUACCGUUAGCUCAUCUUGCCUUGUGAAUAUGGGACUGGUGAAUCCACAGGGGGAUUACUCCUCUAGCAGUUCAUCUCGCCAGUGUAGACAACCAAGAAGCGGAUGCCCUCAGCAGGUGGAUGUCCACAACUCACGAGUGGGAGUUGGACUGACAGAUUUGUGACAUUUUCCAACGCUGGGGUACCCCAACCAUAGAUCUAUUCGCUACAGCGGCCAAUUCAAUGUGCAUGAAUUAUUGCUUCCGGGCAGGCAUCGGCCUGAAUUCACUGGGAGAUGCUCUGAUGGUGAACUGGGCGAACACAUUUUUCUACUCGUUUCCUCUGAUUUCGCUAAUCACAAAAACUCUGGCCAAAAUUGUUCAAGACAAAGCCCAGGGAAUUCUCAUAACGCCGUGGUGGCCAUACCAGCCCUGGUUUCCCACCAUUCUCAAUCUCUCCCAGCAAACAUUUCAUCUCCCACGAGUUCCUCAUGUCAUUAUGCAGGAAAACGGGGCAAUUCGCCAUCCCAACCUCAACUCUCUGAAUCUCACCACUUGGCUUAUUCAGUGACUACCGCUUCUUCCUCUUCCUUGGUACCUACAACUUCAUUGAACCUGACGAUUCCGGUACAAUCCUCGGUACUGACACAAUCUUCGGUACCAACAGAACCCUCAGGUCCUGUAUCAGAUUUGAGUGUCCUUCACCCAGACAUUCAAUUUAUUCUCCAAUCUGCUCUACGACCGACAACUUGCCAUUCCUAUGAGGCUAAUGGAAGCGUUUUACCUUUGCAGCUAGCAACCAAUUUCUACCACAGUCAGCCUCAAUUGACAAUAUUUGGCUCUUCCUGUUGCUCCUACACUAGCACAGACUUAAAUCUACUUCUAUUAAGGUUUACAUCGCUGCGAUUUCUCAUUUUUGUGGUCUUAUCUUCGGCUCCUCCAUCUUCUCACACAUUCUUGUCUGUCAUUUCCUGAAAGGAUUACAAAAUCUCCAACCUCCAGUUCAUUCAGGGGUACCAACAUGGAGUCUCUCCGUAGUGUUGCAAGCUCUUAGUAAAGCUCCCUUCAAACCUUUAGCUACCACUGACUUACACUUGCUUUCUUGGAAAACAGCUUUUCUUGUUGCCAUCACUUCAGCUAGGAGGGUGAGUGAGCUAUGUGCUCUUCGUGUUGACCCUCCUUACCUCAACUUUCAUAAGGAGAAGGUCAUUCUCCGGACUGAUCCUACAUUCCUUCCUAAGGUCGUUACACCCUUUCACAUCAAUCAGGACAUUGUUCUGCCAGCCUUCUUCCCUUCGCCUUUGACACCGAUAGAAAAAUCUCUCCAUUCACGCGAUGUAAGGCACUGCCUGGCUUUCUAUUGGUCCCGUAUGGAGAACUUCAGAAAGACCAAAUGCCUUUUCAUUAAAUAUUCGGAACAUGAUUGUCGUGCAUGAAGCUCUGACAGAAACAGUGACUCACGAGGAGACCUUGCACUUGGCACCCAGUGCCCAAGGGUUGACCCCACAACCCAAUGCAGGGACGGCUGAA